GAAUACCUAUCAUCAUCAUCAUUAUCACCAUCACCCUCUCUUACACUUCUUCUCUCCCCACAAUACUGCCUCCACCAAAAGAAGAUAUUCUCCGUCAGAAUCGUACUAUUCUGGAGUUUGCAAAUCUCCCGAGUUUAUAUAACAAAGAAUUUGUGUCCUAUUAACACAGAUAUACAUUUCCAUUGAAGAAUUCUGUGACAUGUUGGAGUUUAUGCUUAGAAUUUGAUUUAAAUAUCAUAUUUUUUUAGCGAAAGUGAUAGUGCAAGUCGAAAGGGAAUUGGAGAAGUUGCGAUUAUGAAGGUUGCGGUGAAGAUGAAAAGAGAACGGGAGGUUUUAGAGGUGGCUGAGACGAGGAAGAGGAAGAAGCGCGAUGCCGAUUUGGAGAUGUUACCAACUACUGUAGCUUGUGUUAGAAGUCAUGAUUCUGGAGUCUCAGUUGCACCGGCGAGUUUAGAAUUAUCUCCAGUGAGCGAGCUCACUUCCCAGGGAAAUACUACUGUUUCGUGUAAACCGGCUGUGAGUUCUAACUUUGCAGAUAAUGAAUCAAACGAUGCCACAAAAGGAAGCUCGAAAUUUUUAGAUCUGGAUGAGGACGACAGUGUGGAAAUUGCAACCAGUAAUUCAGAGUUGAGAGAAAGUAGAGAGGCAAUACUACCCAGCGAUUUAAAAGUUGAGCUUCACAAACUGGAGGCAACACCGCAACAACAACUUGCUAAAUGUCGCUGCCGUCGAUCUAAUACAGAAGCAAAGAUGCCCUCUGAGGCUGAGCUUGAUGAGUUUUUUGUUGCAGCCGAGAAAGAUCUCCAUAAACAAUUUGCAGAAAAAUACAACUUUGACUUUGCAAAGGAGGAGCCAUUGGAAGGUCGCUACAAAUGGGUGCGACAAUGAGACGUACAAUGAAGAUAUAUCCGCAAGACCAACACAAUAUUCAAAGACUAAGCCCAUAACAUUAGCAGCAGUAGUUGCUCUUAAUCUAAUUUGUUUGGUAGUCCAGUGAUUCUAGCACUAGUAGUAUUUUCAAGUAUAUUUAACUGUUUUGGCUUAUUAAUUAAGUAGUUCUCUCUUUUUCGUUUUCUUACUUGUGGCUUUAUGAUCUUGGUUUCCUUGGGGGCCGGAGUUAGGAUAUGUACAGCCAACGAAGACGAGGUCUCUAUGUGUUAAUUUAACUUAGUUGCAUAUAUAAGUUAUUCACGAAGAAUGCUUUGGAGAAACCAAUUGUCUUAUAAGAGCUCAUUUUCUUCUUCGA